UAUACAACACGAAACAAGCUCUAUGCUCUUCCACAUAUCAGUUUAUAACCACUACACUGCCACUACUCUCUGCUGUGUUUCUGAUCUAAAACCCCUCUUUGAUCCGAUUCCUCUGGUAUUCAGACAAGCUUGCUUCUUGGAUUCUUCAAUUUCGGUACCUUUGAAGAUUACGUGCGGUGCCUGGAAAAUUUACUUGCUAGCUUAACAUGCGACGAGAACAAGUCCAGCCCGCUUGCCAUUCAGAUUUUGAGCCAGAUAGAUUGAGUUGCUUACCUGGUCAUGUUAUAGACCAAAUUCUUUCGCAUUUGCCCCUUCGGGAAGCAGUGAGAACAAGUGUGUUAUCAAGCAAAUGGAGGUACAAAUGGGCAACGCUACCAAAUCUUGUGUUUGAUAACCAAUGUCACUCGGUAGCUUCCCAAGAUCAUUCAGAUAUCAAGAACAAGCUUUUGAGAAUCAUCGAUCACGUACUUUUACUUCAUGCUGGGGCAAUCAACAAGUUCAAGCUCUCCCAUCGCGAUCUCAUUGGUGUGACUGAUAUUGAUCGUUGGUCACUUCAUCUAACCAGAAGGUCUGUCAAGGAGUUUGUGCUGGAAAUCUGGAAAGGGCAGCGCUAUAAGAUACCAUCGUGCUUAUUUACUUGUCAAAGUUUAGUUCAUUUAGAAUUGUUUAAUUGUUGGCUUAAGCCUCCAUCGACAUUUCAAGGCUUUAAGAACUUGAAGAGUCUUGAUCUGCAGCAUGUUACCUUGGCUCAAGAUGUGUUUGAAAACUUAAUAUCUAGCUGCCCCAUGCUGGAACGAUUAACGUUGAUGAACUUUGAUGGUUUCGCUAAUCUCAACAUUGAUGCACCUAAUCUUCAAUUUUUCGACAUUGGAGGCAAAUUUGAAGAUAUCAGCUUCGAGAACACUUUCCAGUUAUCUGUAGUAUCCAUUGGUUUGUAUUUAAACUUUGAAACCAAUCAAAAUAGAUUGCGUGGCAGUUCAAGCAAUUUGCUCAAGUUUUUUGUUCAUCUCCCUCAUGUUCGAAGGCUAGAGGUUCAAAGCUAUUUCUUAAAGUAUUUGGCAAUAGGGGCUGUGCCGCUAAAGCUUCCAAGACCAUGCAUUGAUCUUAGUUACCUCUCCAUUCGUAUGAACUUCAAUGAUUCAAAGGAAAUUUCAACUGCUUUAUGCCUGCUAAGAAGCUCUCCUAAUCUGCAAGAACUAGAAGUAUUGGCUCGCCCUGACGAGCAGAAUGUCCUGAUACACCCUUAUUGUGGGGAAGAUGAAUAUUGUAGUUGUCCUAUCAUGCAAUUGCGACAUGUGAGGAUAGAUGGUGUCUCUGGUACCAAACCCGAAUUAGAUUUUAUCAGUUUUCUGCUUCUGUAUUCGCCGGUGCUAGAAAGGAUGACUGUGAAGCCGGUUUCAAGUGGAGUGACCGAGUUGAUGAAAGAGUUAUUAAGGUUCAGGAGAGCUUCAGGGCGAGCUGAAAUCAUUUACCAAGAAUCUCCUUGAUGCUAUCAUUAUAUUCUUAAAUGUAAUUAUCAAUUUUUUAUUUUACUUUGUGUUUCUUUUUGGUGUUGAAUGUAUGGCUUUUCAUGUUUCUACACUUAGCAACUUGUAACUAAUAAGCCAUGGUGUGAACCUACCUAUGCUUAAAAUCCAAGACAUCUAUGCAUUCUAUGACUGGAAGAAGUUGCAAUCAUUACAAUUGAAAAU